AUGCCUCCGAUAUCCUCGCAGCGUCGAGCCGUGACCGAAGAGAGCUCGUCUCUUACCGAUGAUGAUGUCGGUUUUCUCUACCAGGUUGUCGCCAGCGCCGAGACAAAACCUGAAGCAGAUCGACUCCCAUUCCGGGCGCUGUUUGAGGCCUACGACGAAGUCAUUGGUGAUCAUGGCGUCAAUGUGGACCCAGGCCAUGCCUGUCUGCGCUUCCUGUUCAAAAUGGGAAGCAAAGAUGUCCACGGCGAUACUCUCUUCGACAAAUUCGAGAAUGCGCUCCAACGGAUGGGAAUCGUGAUUGAGCUUGGCGACGAGGGAUCUACGAAUCUCAAUGAGACACAUGAACAUGACCGAUAUACAGUGGAUGUCACUCAUAGCCAGACGGUUGACCAUAACCAUGACCAUGCUCCGAUUACGAAUGGAGUGCCACCGACACCGAGGCGGCGCGCAUCGUUUAACACUACGUAUGAUAUUGGUGAAGAUGCUACACAGAGAAGCUUAAUCAAUCGCCCCAGCUCUCGAUCUUCAAUGUCACGGCUUGAAAUAGGCAAACCGGAGUUUCCCAAGCCCAACCUUUUACCUACACCCAGCCAUGAGUUCGGGCCUACAAAAUCGCCAGACCGGACACAAUUGAUCAGCCAGUUCUUAGAUGUCGGUCGCCGAUUACUGAGCCGGUUUGAUGGAAUAGAGCACAAGAAUGCAGCCACAGGAGAACUGCCAUUGACUAACGGAGUGGUUGCGAGAUCGGCCGUUGCUCGUGAUCGUUCGAAGAGAAUGGCUGAAGCUUCACGUCCCCAUCGGCCACCCUCGUACGAUUCCAGCUCCGAGUCCGAAGAAGAGCAAUCAAUAAUGUCACAAAGCCCAGAGCACGAUUCUUUUGAUAAAGAAGAGGUGCCACCCGAGUUUUUGUAUCGCCCCCAACUUUCCGAUCUACUUCGGGAUGCAUCUACCUUCAAUAUGUAUCGCCAACGGUCAAUCUGCCGUCGAAUUUUGACCCAAUGGCUGAAAAAAGCCUUCCAAGCACGACAAACUCGACAAACAAGAGAAACACUCGCAAUCAAUUACGACCGGGGCCUUCUCAUCCGACAAGCGUUCGAUCCAUGGCGAGGAGUUAUCCAAGAAAAACGCCACUCUGUCCGAACAGAUCGGUUCUUCAAGCACCUUGAGACGCGAGCUAGUCGUGCACGUGAUUUAUACCUAAUGACUAAAGCGUUUAGCCAUUGGGCCCAGUUGACAUCGGAAGAAGUGGCUCGAACCUCUGCUGCUCGGAGACAUGUUCUUGGUGUCAAAUAUUUCAAUGCCUGGCGCGAGAUCACAGCGGUCAAUGAGUUGAAGGCUCAGCGAUUUGCAUUGCAGAGACCUUUCAAUAUGUGGCGGAAAAAGGUUAAAGAUCUGAAGGCAGCAGAGAUUCAAGCAGUCAGUGUACGCGACACAAAGAUUCAAAAAACUGCCUUCUGGGACUGGUGGUGGUGCUUCUGUGAUAGGCGUGUUCUUGAAGUUUCCGAUUAUCGACUCAAACGACGGUCACUGCUUUCCUGGCUUCGGAACUUCCGCACCAAUCGAGAGCGUGAUCAUGAGAUAGACCUUCAUAACAAACGGUCAGCUUUGAAGUCGGCACUUCAGAUUUGGUCCCAUCACUCGAGAACCAUUUCCUGUGCAGAUCAAGAGGUCCAAGCUUCUCGGCGUCAACAUGAUCUCAGAGAAACCUUUGAUGAAUGGAGAAUUCAGUCUCGGCUGGCCCCAGCUGCUUCUCGAGUAUCUCAAAUGGUUGAUACAAGGAUUGUACGGAAUGCCCUUUCACAAUGGAUUGAAAAGGCGCGGAGGUUCCAACAAGCAAAAGAGCUAGAUCGUCAGCGAAUACAACGCAACGCGUGGAUCUCCUGGAAUGAUACGCUUCGCUGCCUGGCCCUUCAGGCUCGCGUUGACGAGCGACUAAAAAUGGAGGCCAUGUACAGGUGGAUCCUGAUGGAGAGAUAUGAGCUUAUGCGAAGGAUCCGUGAGCAGCGAAUCAAGCGGGAAGUAUUUUCUCGGUUUGUGACAAACACUCGGGACACUUACACCCGUCUACUGUUUCAUGCUGAAACCCACGAGGACCAUAAGGCCGGGAGUUUGGUUCGUUCUAAAUUUUCCAUUUGGCGGGACCAAGUGCAACUCCAGCGCGAGCGAGAGUAUGUGGCGUUUGAGUUCUAUGCUCCACGGCUUGCUGCUGAAUCUCUGGCGAUUUGGCGGUCAAAGCACCAACAGGUUAUUAAGAUGGAAAGUUGGGCUCAAGAUGCUCGGUUUUACUUCCUAAUGAAAAGGACCAUGAAGCAAUGGCACCAGGCUAAAGUGGAUUCUGGUAAACGACGGCGGCAAGAGGCGUAUGCAAAAGUCCGGCGGAAGGUUAAGGUCAACCUAGCAUCGAAGGCACUGGCUACCUGGUCAUCCAAGACUCGAAUCAUCACGGGAAUGGAACAACAAGCCAAUGCUGUUGAUCGUGAGAAAUUGCUUGCCGAUACAUCCGCGAUAUUCGUCCAAUGGCACGACAAAACAACCAAGAGAACCCAGGACUGCCAGGAUGCGGACGAUUCUUAUUUCCGACAAAUUGCAUUUGACCAAUUGAUGCAAAUGUCCGAAACCUUUAUCAUUCGCCGCGAGAUGGAAGACCAGGCAGAUAAUGUAUACCGAGUACAUGUCCUUCGUCAAGCAGCUGCUUCUCUUCGCAAGCUCAGCCUUCGUAUCUUCCAGAUUGGUAGUACCACGGAGACCGCCGAAGCCAUGCGAGAAAGAAAUCUACGCAAACACUCGAGAAACAUGUUCCGUGAUUGGGUGGAUAACGCCCGAAUGAAGCUGGAAGCUCGAGAUACUGCGGGUCCAUCCUUGACACCUGCACGAAUGUCAACAUUCGGGAAUGGCAAUGCAGCUAGCCCGGCGAUAUUUGACCCUUGGUAUCAAGACCAGGCUGAAACGCCUUUCAAAAUCAGCGACUUCACGACGACAUCUCAAGCAACCUCCAAUGAUCCAAUCUCUGCAAGUCCCUUGGCGACUCCCAAUUUCACCACCUCACCCUCCAAACGAGCCGCCCGUGCGCGAGCCCUUGCCCAAGUAUCUACCACUCCCGCUACACCCUUACGCACACCUUUUGCCAGCCGACUACUUCGUGCUGGGACUACGACUGCUCUAUCUACGUCUUCUAAGCGGGUACGGGCAGGUCGGCAAAGCUCAGUGGGAAACAGCGUCCGAUUUGUUGACGAAGAACCUCCCGAGUCUCCGUCAGAUGGUCGCAGGUCAGCUAAUCGACGAUCUUGA